AUGAAAGGCAUUAAAUGCACCAUGUUGGAAGAAUGUGAAGUUGGUGGACGGCUUGUUUUUAAUGCAGAGAAAGUUUUUGUCGGGUCGAGUGUGGAUGGUGCACCACCAUCCCUGCCUGCUGCUGGCGAGGUGUGUGCUCGUAUCACAGGAGUACGUAAGCUGGUCACAAAUUACGAGACGUACAUUGUCUACGAGGUCGAAACAGUGGCGAACCGCAAGGACUACCCGUCCGAGGUCUGCGUUGUGGACCGACGUUACAGGGAGUUCGAUUGGUUACACAGCCGCCUCCGGCAAAUUUACGCAGUCCUAUUCGUACCCCCACUGCCUGGAAAGAAGGUGCUCACCCAGUUCAACCGCUACGCCUCUGGUUUCGUGGAUCGUCGAUGCAGCGGCUUACAGACCUUUCUGCGCAGGUCCACUGCUCAUCCCGUCCUCUCCGGCAACAAUGAUUUUGUGGCCUUUCUGACUCUCCCUCGUACUGCCUUUCAAGAAUACAUGCAGAAGAAUCCAAUUGAAAACUCUCUUUUCUCCCUCAUUGGCCUUUCGCCCCAAAGUCAAACGAGGAGCGUUAGCAACGCUGGCCAGUUCGAGGAGGGAGGCCGUGGAGCAACAGCGAUCACGAUAUCGGCAAGGGAGGGCCUAAGGCCUCCCUCCAAUGUGCCCUCUUCUAUACCUGUCGUCACGGCAUCGGGUAGGGAAGUGGUGACCCCCUGCGAGCUGCAGUGUGUCUCUGAGGUUUUCUUCCGCUAUCAGAAUGAGGUGGAUGAGUACACAGCUUUAUGUCAGCGCUUGUCCACCCUUGUCAGCCGCAUGACUAACCAGCUCUCCACCCUGUCCUACGAUCACGCGGAGUUGGCCAAGACGCUGGACGAAGCAGUGGUGGCGGGUGCAGUGGGUGCGACGGGGGUCGCAGCGGCGCAGGCGGUGAGGCGGACGGCACAGGCCAUGCAAAGUCUUGCCUCACGUCUUGCCCUCGGUCCCGCCAACUCCUGGCACGACUCCGCAGCCUUUGGAGCGGCUGUCAAGCGGGACACGUACUUUAACCUCGAGCGUGAGAUUGAGGAGCGUCGGAGGAGCGAGCCCAUUGGCGGGACGGAGCAAGUAACGACGACAGUGGCAACGGUGGAUAAGUCGGGAGUCUCGCAACCCUGGCUCUCUCGUUUCACAUCAAUGUCGUGGAGCAGCUCCAGUAAAAAGAAGAAUCGACCACUUGCCGAGCUACGGACUGAGGCGGCAGAAGUGGCACGAGAGUUGGCGUUCAGCAACACGCAGGUAGAGGCUGAAUGGCGUCGCUGGCAAGUGACGCGGGCGGUCGAGACGACGGAGAGUUUGACCGCGCUGACUGGUGCCUACGUAGCCUACUGGAAUGCCGUAGCUGAGGCCUGGCGCGAUGCUAUAGCCUUUUUAAAAGCACCACCCCCAUCUACGCAGCCCUCAACAAAAGUCCUUGACAUGGAGGUGAGUCUACAGGAUUCACCACGGCAUGUCAAUCUUGAAUUCACUGAAGAUUUAUGGAGUGUAGCACCAUGUACCACUCAUCUUGAAGAGGGGAAGCACGAGAAUAAAGGAGAGCAAGAGUGGUCAGUUGUGGAUUUGUCGAAUUCACCUUCGAGACCAUCAGUUCCCGUCCAACCAGAAGGGGUGGCUGCGAAGAAUGUGGAAGAGGCUGCUGGAGAUGUGCUGAAUUCCCUGCAUUCCGACGGUCAUACUGAUGCAGUUGUAGGCGAGAAAGAAGAGAAUGCUAGUGGCAAUCUGUCAAAUUCACAACCUCUCGACAUUCCCAUGGAAAAGGGGACAAAAAAGGCGACUUGGAUAGUUGAAGAGCUCUAG